AUGGCUCUUACUACUGAUCCCAAUCAACAACCUCAACUUCCUCCGCAUCCCUAUGCCAACCGAAUUUUAAACAAUACCCAAAAUAAUACAAGUAACAUCGCGAUGAUGAAUCCCAACGUCAUGACCGGAUACCCAACGCUCCAGGCCGCAACCACUCAGGGUGGUGGUGGAAACAACAAUAUGGUACAAUUACCAGUGCUUCCUCAUCAACAACAAGUGUAUCCAACAUUGCAAGGAGGAUCCACAUUGUACACUCAACAACAACAAACUCCAAAUCAACCUCUUCCACCUGUUCAAUAUGUUGGAGCAACAACAAAUCAAAUUCAACCACAAUUUGUACAAUCACAACAAACACAACAGCAACCACAAAUAGUUACCAUCACCUCGACAACAACUGAGAACGGUGGUGUUGCUCAGGCCAGUACCGAGGAUUCUACAUUGAGACUCGCAGGACGAUCCAUUGCGAGACAAAUGUGGGAAAAGUUGAAGAAGAGAGCUCGUUCUCCAACUGCUCUCAUCGGUUCCUUGUUCAAUUUGUUGUGUUUGACUCUCUUCUUUGAAGUUAUUUGUAUUCUUGCAUUGAGUUUCUCAGGCGCUUACGUUCCAGCUCAUCUCCAUGUUGUGUUUUGGAUCAUGCUCGCUAUUGAAAUUGUCUCCAUGUUGUUGAAGUCUCCUAUUCUCAUGUUGCUCAACUUGAUUCUCAACUUUACAUGUUUUGUGAUGGCCAUUGUUGCCUCCAAGACUUCCUUUCUUAGUUUGCAAGGAUAUGGAAUUGCCAUUGCCUUGUUCUUCUUCUCUGGUAUUUUCUCCAUUCGUUUGGGUGUGAGAUAUCUUCAGAAAGUCAAUGCUCAAAAGACUGCUGCUGUUGAAGCUGCUGAGAAUGGUGGACAAAUUUCACAAGCCACAACUGAGACUCUCCAAUCUCAAAACCCAUUCCUUGCUUUGGUUGAUUCUCUGAAAAAGAAUCAAAAGAUUGCCAUGGAGUACCAGAUUUCUGAUCUUUUCAUUGGAGCUGAGUAA